UUGCUCACUCUAGCAUGAGGAUUGCUUGGAUGGCGUGCGUGUGCAGUAAAAAACGUCAAAACAUACAACACCUCGCACCAACACAUACGCAAUCAACCAAGCACACAUCCAUACCGGUAGUGGCUGCUCGAGCUCGGCAUCGUAUUUACACAGCACGCUUGCUGUGAUGCCAUUUGCCCCGUGUACGAAGCAAAGCAUUGAAGUCGACGAAUUUUUCAACUACACACGUACUGUAUACUGGCUCAGUAGGCCUGGUUUGGCAUGUGUACAACACCAGUUUAUUCUUGGUCUUGGAGCGCAGAGCACAGCACACUCGCAGCAGAGAAAGUUCACAGCUCGGUUCAGGCAACCUCUAUAAAGAAGUCCCAGGAGGAAAAAAAUCUUGUUCGUACAAUUAAGGAGGAAAUGCAAUCCAGCUUCGGACCGGAAUCGAACGGAUACUGAACGUACGGAAGUUUGAAGACAAGUUGCAGGUUGUGGUUCAGCGCCAGCCCAAAGGCAGUGUCCAUUUUAUGCUUCUUCGGAAGAUGAUGGCAUCGGGUGGAAUGAAAUUAUAGGAUCCACAGGCUGGAACCUCUCAAUAUGCGGAAAAUUGCUCAGCAUGAAAAGUGGUUCUUCUCAGAUUGUUUUCUUUUUUUAGCAAUAAUUUUUUGAUCAAAGCAAUCCUGUAAUAUAAGGAUCACUAAUUUAUCACCCGCUUGCUAUGCUGUCAUUGGUAGUAUCAUUGUAAUAAACGGUUCAUACAAGUUGAAAAAAAUUGCUUGGACACAGCAAUGUCUGCCAUAAACUCUGACGCUGGUAGCACCGUUCCACCGAUACCGAAAAGCAUAGUGACACAGGCUCCCACAACAUCUAUGAUUGAUUGUCGAAACGUGUAUAAAAUUUCGCCGACAAAGCCUGUCGUUCCGAAUCAACAGCAACAGGACAUUGUUAAAAUAAGAAUUACCAAGGAUGACAGUGGAAAUGGAUUUGGGUAUACAAAGACAAUCGUCACUAGUACCCAAUCGACAGAAGGUAAAACUGACAACAAACCCACGCCACAAAAGAUUAAUAUAAAUCUAGCACAGCAGCCAACAUUUCAACUAAAAACUCCUCAAAACAAAAUAGUUUUCGUCAAAAUGAUGCCGAAAAUGCCACAAAAUGGCCCACAAUUCGUUGCAUCUCAGGCCUCUAGAAGUAGUAUUUCACCCACCACACUGGCGGUUGCUCGAAGUGUUCAAGGUCUACGACCUAUUGCACAUGUUAGUUCUCACUCAAAUUCAAACGUUACAACUCAAAAGUCGAUUUCGCCUGAGAAACAGAAAUCAACUGCAACUAAGGAACUAGCGAAAACUGAAAGUGAUACUUCGUUGUCUUCAACCCUAACGACUGUUACGUCUUCGAGUUCUUUCACUACUACUUCAACGGAAACCGAGAACGGCAAUGAGCAAACCAGUUCUCCAACCACGGCCGACGACAAAGAAACGGAUCAAUCAGAAGAAAAUCAAUCGCAAUCAAUAGAAGAGAGUGACCAACACGACGAUCAUGAUGAUAGUGCUAGCACCGGAAACGUAAAAAUGUCCCGGGAAAUGCGAUGCUUGAAAGCGUCGCAAAGUAGUUCCAAAAUUCUCACGGAGUUUAUGUUGAAUUCAGCUUCAUCGGAAAAGUUGAGAAAGCGUUGCCGCUCCCGUGGCGAAGGCGAGGAUAGCCGCAGUUGUGGCAGUUUGACGCCAACCUCCCAAAAGCGAUACUCAGUUUCAGGACGGGAAGACGAUGACCUGGACGAAAGCAAAGGCAGUCCAUCGUCGUGCACGAAGCGUGCUGGUAUGCGCUCGGCUAACGCGGAAUUUUCGAUGAAGCAAAAGAAGUUCCUCAGCAGCAUCCAUCACAACAGCGAUGGGUCGGACAACUCAGACAAUGAAGGAGAUCGGUCGAAUGCGUCCAAAGGUGCUAAGAAAGGAGUUGAAAUGCCUGUACCUCCCCGAGCACCUAAGCUUGGCUGGGACAAGUUCUGCUGGCGGUGCAAAACCUGCGAACCGGGUCUGGAAACGUGCUCCGGGUGCAUUCGGUGUUUCCAUCCGGUUUGCCUCAAGCUGAAUCCGGCAUUUUUCAUCGUGGAAAAAAAGUGGAACUGUCCGGAGUGUAUCAAAGCGGAGGCCCAGACGGAUGGUGCUAACGAGAAGCCUAGCAAGGACGUGAAACUGAAGCAGGACAGUUUGACCAUAUCGCUAAAGUUCACGAUGAAGCGAAUGCUGCAGCUGAAAGGGAGCGCAAUCCUCAAUCCACUGGAUAAAGAACAUUUCCCCAAUUACGAUGCGUACGUAACGAAGCACAUCGAUCUCACUACCUUGCAGAAGAAUGUCGUCGAGCAGAAGUAUCAAACAACAGAUGCAUUCCAGGCUGACGUUAACUGGAUUCUUCAUAAUGCAUCUAUCUAUCCAUUGAAUAGUAAAUUGCUUUCAAUUGCAAAGGGAUUGAUGAAAAUCUGCAAGCAGGAAAUAAACGAAAUCGAAGCUUGCAACGAAUGCUACUUCAACGCCAAUACGUGCAAAACGUGGUUCACCGAAGUUUGCAGUAAGCCUCAUCUGCUGGUGUGGGCCAAGUUGAAAGGUUUCCCAUUCUGGCCGGCAAAACUCAUGUCGGUGAACGUGAAUCAACUGGCAGAUGUUCGAUUCUUCGGUGAUCACGAUCGAGCUUGGGUGCCGAUCAAGGAUUGCUUUCUCUUCUGUGAUAAGGAUCCCAACACGAAGCAGCAACGUCGGGCAAACAUGGCUGAGUGUAUGCGAGAGGCUGACACGUAUAUUUCCAAGCUGAAAAAGAAAUUUGGAUGCUUUUGUUAUGCGGAUUUUAGAACGCCAAUGGAACCGGGAAAGCUCGACGAACACUUGGAAGCAAUGAUUCCGGGAGUGUUGCGGAAAAUAGUUGAAAAUGGAGAUUCUCAUAAAACCAAGUUGAUGCUAAAGAUAAUCAAAACCGCUGAUAACUUGCUGUCGGUGUCGCCUGUAUCGCCGAAUCCUCCGACAACAUCCACACCGAAAGCCAGACAAAGAGAAAGCAUCUCCCCGGAAAAGGUGAAGGAAGUCAUUUUUGGCAGCCCAGAAAAAAUAUCCACUGCAGAAAUGAAUUCAUUCGAAGUUCCAUCUUCUAAGGACCGGCCGCAGUCCACGCAAGUCAAAGAGGAGAUUCGAAACUCAGUUGGCACUCCAGAUCCUGUGUCAACUGCUGCGCGAACUUACGCGACAAGAAAGCGUAGAAGUGUAUGCGUGAGUACUGACGAGUCAAAGCCUAAAGAAGUAAGUCCGGAGUCACCGCAAGAACCGCGAAAAAAGAGCAGCCGUAUCCGGUCGAGUCUGGCAAACAAACCCAAGGAUGAAGAUGGUAGCUCAACUGCUUCUGAACCGGCUCCGGCUCCCAAGUGCUAUUCCAGUAAGAAGCGCAAAACGAGUACUCCUGUUGGGGAUGUCAAAGAACCUAAGCAGAGUAAGAUUGAAUCCGUAGUGCUACAGCGAGAAUCGGACAGCUGGAAAACUGUACCGGCUGGGAAAAAGGCAAAUACAGUUACUAAAUCAUCAGACACCGUGUCUGAUAAAGAGGAAACUCCGAAAGAAACGGAGAGUAAGGAGGAGCCUGUAGCGGAAAAUAACGGCAGCUCAAUUCCUAAACCGGAUGAGAAGGAUCCACAGGAAUCGGCAACUGCUCCAGUUUGCAUCCCGGCGGAACAAGAGGUCGCUUCAAAGGUCAAUGAAGCGACUAAGAUUGUAGAAGCACCUGGAUCAAACAGGUUGAAUUUGUUGCCUUUGAUUCCACUGGCAGCAGACGACAUUAAAACCGAACCAACUGAAGAAGAACCACCACCUCCUAGUGAACCAUCCGCUACUAGCAAUACAGUGGAACCAUCACCUGCAAACACUAGUAACAGCUCGGUCACAUUGACAGCGAAUUUGAACGAUAAUUCGUCCACAGGCACAUCCUUACCAUUAUUACCAAUCAAAUCGGAGCCUGUAUCCGAUGAGGAAUCCUCGCAUGGUAAUGCUGACCAAGCCUCCGUAAACCAAGCUCUCCCGCAUACCAAUCAGCCGACAGAAAAUGCAAACCAAGUCUUAAUACGUACUAGCAACAGGAUCAUGGUUCGAAAUAUCAACCAACUCACGAACCAGACUGCACCCAGAGCCAAUGCGGUGUAUAACAACAACGGACAGCCAGUAGUCCUAACGCCUGUCGACAAAUCGAAAGUCCCACAGAAAAUAACACCCAAGGCGCCAAUUAUCAUCCACGCAAAGGCGCGUAAGCCACCUCUUGGGCAAACAAACUCUAUCCAACCAUCACAGGUGGCGAUGAAGAGAACUACAACUAUUCCAGGAACAUCUGGAACGAAUAACUUCCCCGUUGGUAGGAACAGCGGCGGCAGUAUGAUGCAUAUGGUUCACAUUCCAAGUCCACUUCCUAUGACCAAUGAUCAAGCUGGACGAUCUGAUCAAUCGAAUGGUGCACUACAACAGCAGCAACCAUCCACCACGCCUGUCAGCAGCGGUGAACCUACUGCAACGAAUUCAACUCCCCAAGCAACAUUCUCCGGCCAAUCUAACCCAAUAACGCCGAACAAUGAACAAUCGUCGUCUGCGGCGGGAAGAUCGGACGAAGGAGAACACAUGAUGGCUGGUUUCAUCACGCCCAAUCUGGCUGCGGCGGUUACGGAAACUAUUGUGUCUACGCCGCCGAAAUUGCAGUCUCGGCCGAGUGGAGCACUGCGUUCCGAGGGAGACUGUGUCUACCCUUCCGGGGCUGGCCCUGUAUCUCAAAUAUUGAUAAAUAAUUCCUACAAGAUGGCGGAUUUCUUCAGGUCUGUGAUCGAGGACACGUUGUCCGAUUUGUCCAAUAACAGCGGUGCCCUGGAGGCCAAGGUUAAGGUCCUGGAACUAGAGAUAGAGAAGCUCAAACACUGCCACCAACAGGAAAUCACCAAACUGAAGCACAAUUCCGACCUGGUGUUGUGCGAGAUGCGCAAAAACAUGGAAGUGGAAAAGACGCGCAUUAUCAACGAGGUUCGCAAGCAGUGCGAGUUGGAGAGGAUUCGCUCUGUGGAGGAAGCCAAGAAGAAGCAGUGGUGUGUGAACUGUGGCAAGGAAGCGCUGUUCUACUGUUGCUGGAAUACGUCCUACUGUGAUUAUCCUUGUCAACAGCAACACUGGGCAACGCAUAUGAACCACUGCACCCAGAGCCAGUUCAACCUACCGAGCAAUGCGAUUGCCUCGAAGCCAUCCACUGUGAUCAACAAUAAGCUGACGACAACCCAGCAGCAUAUCACCACGCCGAAAAUUACCACCGUGCAGACCCUGAACCUGAACGGGCGAUCUGGACUGACGAUACAACCGGCAUCGCAAGGUCAGCAACAACAACAACAACAGCAGCAGCAGCUGAUAAUCACCUCUGCACGGGGAGGAGCACAACUGGGCAAAGGACAGCCCUACCAACGAUUGAUGCUCAACCCUGCUUCGGCUGGUCCACCGGCGUACACUUUCGUCAGCAGCUCCCAGGGCAGAUGGCCUGCUGCCGGCACCCUAACGGCCUCCAUUGGUACCAUGGAUCAGCAGAAAGUUCCGACCGCAUCGCCCACCCCCGUUGGUAUACUGGCAAGCUCCAGUGUGAUGGCGGCAGCGGUUUCCGGAGGUGUACUUGGUCGACCUAGCAGCGUCAAAGCAGCUGGAGGCGAAAAAAUUGUCGUCGGUGCCAAGUAGAGUCACGUUUGUGCAAUAGGUAUGUGAACUUUGUAAUAGACUCGUGUAAAUUUGAAGAUGGUGAUAUGGAUGCUAAUGUCUUUCGUUUGACACUAACAAGCUAACAAGACACCUGUAUAAAAAUGUAACGAAAGCUAAGUUUAUUUUCAAGGCAAUAAAAGAGUGAGAUUGCAGGAUAUGCUAUGCAAAUAAU